CAUAUAAAUCUUAUGCUUCUCUCUUUCUCAGUUCUAAGUCAUGGCAAAGUUAUUAAUUUUAACUUUCCCAAAUCAUUUAAAACAUCAUAAACUUCCAUUUUCCGUUUUGUGAAGAUAAGGGAAAACAAAAAUGCAAACUUUAUCGAUAACUUUCUGCAACAACUGUGCCCUAGUGAUAAGAAACUCUAUCGGAAACAGAAACAGAGUAAAUUUGAGUUUAAUCUCGUCUUCUUCUCCGACUCUUGUUUGCCGUUCAAAGUCUAAAUCUCAAACCGAUAGCUUGAGGGUGUUGGAAUGGGACAAGCUCUGUGAUGUUGUCGCUUCUUUUGCUCGUACUUCUUUAGGUCGUGAAGCCACAAAGAAAAAGCUUUGGUCUCUUGACCAGAGUUUCAGUGAAAGUUUGAAGCUUUUGGAUGAAACAGAUGCCGCCAUUAAAAUGCUUGAACAUGGUUCCUUCUGUCUUGACCUCUCCAGCAUUCAUAUCUCCCUCGUUGAAUCGGGAAUUCGUCAUGCUAAGAGGAGGCUUUCCUUACGAGCAGACCAAGCACUUGAAGUUGCUUCUCUUCUUCGAUUUUUCGAUAUGUUGCAGCUUGAUUUGAAAGCUGCUAUUAAGCAAGAUGGAGAUUGGUACAAACGGUUUAUGCCUCUAUCUGAAUUGAUAAUGCACCCUGUGAUAAAUAGAUCAUUUGUCAAGUUGGUUGAACAAGUUAUAGAUCCUGAUGGUACAAUCAAAGAUUCCGCGAGUAGUGCCCUGAGACAAUCACGUGAACGAGUGCAAACACUUGAAAGAAAGCUGCAGCAACUGCUGGAUGCUAUCAUAAGGAGUCAAAAGGAUGACGAAUCUGUCAUGGUAGCGGCUGAAAUUGAUGGAAGAUGGUGUAUACAAAUGAGCUCAAAUCAGCUAACUUCUGUUAAUGGUCUUCUGCUUUCCAGUGGUUCAGGUGGAGGGACUUUGGCGGAGCCAAUAGCUGCGGUCUCUAUGAAUGAUGACCUUCAAAGUGCGAGAGCAUCAGUUGCAAAGGCUGAGGCAGAGAUUCUUUCAAUGUUAACUGAAAAGAUGCAAGAUGAUCUUUAUCAGAUCGAGGUGAUGUUGAGCUACUCGAUUCAGCUGGAUGUGAUAAAUGCUCGAGCAACUUACAGUCGUGCAUAUGGUGGUGCACAUCCUGAUAUAUACUUGCCACCUGAAGAUGGGGUUGAAUCUUUGUCUGCCGGAGAAAACUCAAUGGAGAGUAACUUAUCCAGUGAGAAAUCGCUUCCUAGAAAAGAAUGGUUGCUGUAUCUACCUAGAUGUUAUCAUCCUCUAUUGCUUUACCAACACAAGAAAGGCAUAAGAAAGAGGCGGGAGACGGUAAAAGUUCAUAAACCAGCAGACACAGUAUUAUCAGGAACUCCACCAAUUCCAGCUGAUUUCCAGAUCUCCAAGGGCACUAGAGUUUUGGUUAUUACGGGUCCAAACACAGGAGGUAAAACCAUUUGCUUGAAAUCAGUUGGACUCGCUGCGAUGAUGGCAAAAUCAGGUCUUUAUGUUCUAGCAACUGAAUCUGCACGCAUACCUUGGGUUGACAACAUUUAUGCUGAUAUUGGUGAUGAACAAUCUUUGCUGCAGUCACUUUCUACCUUUUCUGGUCAUUUGAAACAAAUAAGUGAAAUUCUCUCGCAUUCAACAAGCAGAUCACUUGUGUUGUUAGAUGAAGUUGGAGCUGGAACAAAUCCGCUUGAAGGAGCUGCAUUAGGGAUGGCAAUUCUCGAAUCUUUUGCAGAAAGCGGUUCUUUACUCACGAUGGCAACCACACAUCAUGGAGAGCUUAAGACGCUUAAAUACAGCAAUUCCGCCUUUGAGAAUGCUUGCAUGGAGUUUGAUGACCUGAACCUAAAACCCACUUUCAAAAUUUUAUGGGGAGUACCAGGUCGAUCGAAUGCAAUAAACAUAGCCGAAAGGUUGGGGCUUCCAUGUGAUAUCAUCGAGAGUGCUCGUGAACUCUAUGGCUCUGCAAGUGCUGAGAUUAAUGAGGUCAUACUUGACAUGGAACGGUACAAGCAAGAAUAUCAGAGACUUUUGAAUGAGUCACGUGUUUAUAUAAGGCUCUCAAGAGAGCUUCAUGAGAAUCUACUCACAGCACAAAAGAAAAUUAACGACCAUGCCACCAAAGAGAAACGAAAAAUGAGACAAGAACUAACUCAGGCUGGUUCGAUGACUCGUUCUACACUUCGCAGAACAUUGCAACAGUUUCGCGCAUCUGCUGCACAAUCUACUCAGUCAAGGAAGCUGCCGCUCAAAAGGUUCCUGAAGUCGGUAGCUCGGUGGUUCGUUUCUUCUCUUGGUAAAAAAGCGACUGUUUUGAAAGUAGAACAGUCGAAGAAAGAGAUCUUAGUGCAGGUAGGCAUCAUGAAGAUGAAAGUGAAACUGACUGAUGUUGUAGCCUGAAUCUAAAUGGCACAGUUAUAUUCAUUAGUAUCUAAACCAACACCGUUAUAUUAGCUUCAGAGUACAAAUGAUGUAAUUAAAGUGAUAUGAAGAAAUAUUACCUACUUAUUACAUAUGUACUUGUUGUAUGCUCUUUCUUAUACAAGUAUAUGGUAAAAGUCUGUACAGCUUGGGUAUUGAAAGUGGUCCAGGUGAAUUGUGUUUCUUUACUCCGAAGCUCCUGGCUCUUUCUCUGUUGGUUCAACAUUUGUCUUGUUCAAGUCUAUGCGUGAGAAAUGGGACUUGA